AUGGCCACCGGUUCGUCUCCCCAGAAGAAGUCCACCUUUCGCUCGCGCGUUGGGACUGUGAUGCGUCGCUCGUCGACGGCCUUCAAUCUCCCUGGUUUACCUGGUCGUGCCGGUUCAGCGACACCCCCACCUCCCGACUCUGACACUGCGUCUAUUGCUGGUUCAGUG